AUGGAAGUUGUUGUGAGUAAAGAACCUAAUCGAGGAAGAAAAGAAACCAAAAUCAAUCCGGCAAAAGACAGGGCAGAGAAGAUAAUAAUGAAACUUUUUUGUAUUUUAAUAUCAUUUGUUUAUGUGAAUGUAUUCGCAAAUAUAGCGCGCUAUAGGAGGGAGGUCUUCAUUACAAACAAACACAUCGAGCUAGCUUCUGAACGUGAUAAUGAUUUACUUGGAAAUGGACUGGAGCGAGUGAUUAAAAAGAUUAUUAAUGAAAAUACUUUCCUAUUAGAUGUGAUGAAUUUUACGAUCGCUGUACCGGAGCAUGCAAAACUUAACGGCAGAAACAACAUAAUGAUGUCUAUACAUAACCAGCGACGUAUAAGAACAGAAAUAACACAUAUACUAGGUAUAGGUAUAGCGGCACCUAAUGCUCGUAACUUAAAUUUUGGAAACUCAAAUUUACCACAACUCGGAGAAGAGAGAAGACGUCUUACUGGAAAAGCUUUAAAACAAAUAAUUAUCCACGCGUUGGAUGGAACUGACCCUAAUGUUAUUUCACAACAAAUGUGUCGUUUCAUAGGAUUGUGGAUAAGUACGGAAAUCCCAACAUUAUAUAUGACAAAUACUUAUAUUGAUCCUGAUAUUAGUAGUGUUUGCAUUUUAAUGGAUAAAAGCAAUCACGCUGUAAAAUACAGAACCUUUAACGGCACAUAUUGGCAAGUAGACGUGAAUAACAUUGAAUUACAAAUAAUAGAACUAAAAGAUCAACUGCUUGUGGAAGAGUUAUCAUUUAUCAUAGUUAGAUAAUAUUUUAC